AUGGAUGACGACUAUUAUCCCGACGAGAACUACUCAGAAACGAACUUCUCAGAAAGCAAUGUCUGCGAAAUGGGUGACUAUUUUGUAUUUUACACCCAUCUCACUACUGUCCUCUACACUCUGGCAUUUUUGCUCAGCCUCCUGGGAAACACUCUAGUGUUAUGGAUCCUAUUCAAGUAUGAAAACCUUACAUCUUUAACAAACGUCUCCAUCAUGAAUCUCUGUGUCUCUGAUUUAGUUUUCUCCUGCAUGCUGCCUUUCUGGGCAGUGGACCAGUCCUUUGGGUGGAUUUUUGGUGAGUUCCUUUGCAAGACGUUGAAUGCUGUUUUCUCCAUUGGCUACUACAGCGGUGUUUUCUUUCUGACUCUCAUGACUAUCCUGCGGUACUUGUCCGUAGUGAACCCCCUCUCGACUUUGAGAUCCCAGACACAGUGCUGUGGUUUUCUGGUGAGUUUGGUUGUUUGGACUGGCAGCAUAUUCAUUGUGAUUCCUGAGGUGAUUCAUACCACCGUGCAAGCAGACUUGGAAGGGCACAAGACCUGUGAUUAUGCUGACUUGAGGUGGAAAAAGGUGGACAUUUACCAGAGAAAUGCCCUCUUCCUGAUUUCCUUUGGGGUUAUUGUAUUCUGUUACUUCAAGAUACUGAUAAUCCUGCUUAGAGCAAGAUCUCGCAGAAAGCACAGAACCGUGAAACUCAUCCUUAUUAUUGUGGUGGUUUUUUUCCUCAGCUGGGCACCUUACAACAUUCUCAGCCUUCUGAUUACUUUCCCACCACCUACAUGUCAGUAUGCAAAAGACAUCAACCUUGCCUUUCAUAUCAGCCGUAAAAUCGCUUUCUCCCACUGCUGUCUCAACCCUGUGCUCUACGUAUUCGUUGGAGUCAAGUUCAAGAGGCAUCUGCUACGUUUACGCAGCCAGUGCUUACCCUGUGGCAACCAUCAAGUCUCCAGCCCCAGGAUCUGCUCUCAAGACAAAUUCCACUAUGAAGAUGCAUCCAUCUACUGA